AUGUCAUCUCCAUUCCCAACAACCGCCAGUAAGGUUAAUGGUGUUCAAAUCUUGGCUCCUGUUCCUGGUAGAACCAAGGAAUUACUUAACCCUGAAGCGCUUGCAUUGGUUGCUACUUUACAUCGCUCUUUCAACGCAAAGAGAUUGGAAUUGUUAGCUAACCGUAAGACUGAACAAAAGUUACGUGACGCUGGUAAAUUACCAAACUUUUUACCUGAAACUGCUUACAUUAGAGACGAUCCAACUUGGACUGGUCCUCCAUUGGCCCCUGGUUUGGAAGACAGAAGAGUUGAGAUCACUGGUCCUACUGACAGAAAGAUGGUUAUCAAUGCCUUGAACUCUGGCGUUGCCACUUAUAUGGCUGAUUUUGAAGAUUCGUUGACUCCUGCUUGGGCCAACUUGAUCGAUGGUCAAGUUAACCUCUAUGAUGCUGUUAGGAGAGAUAUUUCUGCCACUAUUGGCGGUAAGAGCUACAAGUUAAACACUGAUCCUGGCAGACGUAUCCCCACCCUUAUUGUCAGACCAAGAGGAUGGCAUUUGGAUGAAAAGCACGUUUUGGUUGAUGGUGAACCUGUUUCUGGAGGUAUUUUUGAUUUUGCCAUCUAUUUCUACAACAGUGCUAAGGAAUCUAUUGCCCGUGGAUUCGGUCCUUAUUUCUACUUGCCCAAAAUGGAACAUCAUUUGGAAGCCAAGUUAUGGAAUGAUAUCUUCAACUUCUCUCAAGAUUACAUUGGAUUGCGUAGAGGAACCAUCAGAGCUUCUGUUUUGAUUGAAACUAUUCCUGCUUCAUUCCAAAUGGAUGAAAUCAUUUACCAAUUGAGAUCUCACAUUGCCGGGUUGAAUUGUGGUAGAUGGGAUUACAUUUUCUCCUACAUCAAAUGUCUCCGUAACCACCCUGAAUUUAUCUUACCUGACAGAUCUCAAGUUACCAUGGCUGCUCCAUUUAUGGCUUCUUAUGUCAAGUUGUUGGUCCACACUACUCACAAGAGACAAGUUCAUGCUUUGGGUGGUAUGGCUGCUCAAAUUCCUAUCAAGGAAGACCCAGAACGUAACAGACAAGCUUUGGAAAAUGUUGCUAAGGAUAAGUUGAGAGAAGUCACCCUUGGAUGUGACUCUUGUUGGGUUGCUCAUCCAGCAUUGGUACCAGUUGUCCUUAAGGUUUUCAAUGAACAUAUGAAAGGUCCUAACCAAAUCAAUGUUCCACCAAAGACUCCAUACAAGCCAAUCGGUCAGCGUGAUCUUUUAGCUCCAUUUGUCCCCGGUGCUAAGAUUACCGAACAAGGGAUCCGUACCAACUGUGUGAUUGGGUUAAGUUAUAUUGAAGCUUGGUUGAGAAAUGUUGGUUGUGUUCCCAUCAACUACUUGAUGGAAGAUGCAGCCACUGCUGAAGUGUCUCGUACUCAAUUAUGGCAAUGGGUUACCCAUGGAGCUGUGACUGAUGCUGGUCAAAAGGUUACUAAGGAUUACGUUCGUCGUUUGUUGAAUGAAGAAUAUGGCAAAUUGGUAAAGGCCGCUAAGCCUGGUAACAAGUUCAAGCAAGCGUUGGCUUAUUUUGAACCAGAAGCUACUGGUGAAACAUACUCUGAUUUCCUUACAACUUUGAUUUAUGACGAUAUCACCACCAUUGGCAGACCAGUUUCAGCUGAGAAGUUGUAA